UUUCGUGUGCAGAGUAAAAAAGAAGCCGAAGAAAAUAAGAAGAGUAAAAGUCUGAAAUGCAAAUAAACAAUCGAAGAGUGAGUGUGUAAACACAUUAAUACGGAACAAUAUUAAGAAGUGGUUCUCACCUUUUUCUCUUUCUGACUUUUACGCUCACGGAAUCGCGCGCUCGUAUGUGUGUGUGUGUUUCGUCAACGAUGGAAUUGUGUAUGUUACGGAUCCCAACCACUGACCACGUACAAUAUAAAAAAAUUUGAAAUGGUAUUUGGAUUGAAGCAGACAAAACAACGAAACGGUCGAAAAAAGAGUAAUCGUCAACUAUAACCAGAAAAUAUACCAAAAAAUUUCAGUCGUUUCUUGACCACCAAAUCGAUUGUUUCAUCAAAAUCUGCACGACUUUCAGUUCAAAUCAGCGCAUUAACACUUGGCGCACAUCAAAAUUCACAACAAACAAAAACAAACGACAAAUAAAAAGACGAAUUCCGUUUUUCGAAGUGAAGAAGUGAAAAGUGUGGGUUAGAAAAGGUUUAUGUGUACAGUAUUAUAGAAAAAUCAUGUAUUAUUUGUACAUUCGGCUUUAGUGUUUAUUGUGAUAAAGAGCGAUUUAGCAUAGAAACGAAAGAAUAAUGGAAUUUUUAACUAAAUAUAGGAGAAUGUAUAUGAUAAAAAGAUCGUCACUAUUCUUUUGGAUUUUGAUAGGCCUAGUGUGUACAUUACUAUUGUUUUAUCGACCCGAAGAUAGGAUAACAAAGUCAACCACAGACCAAAGUCUCAGCUCAACAAUAAAUUUGGUUGACAACAAUCAAAACACAGAUGAAGACAAUAACAAUAGUAUUGAAUAUCAGCCAUAUUAUGCACAAGCGCGAUCAACAAACAUUCCGGAAAUAGUUCCAAGUGCCUAUGAAAUGAAUAAUACGCGAAAUGCGCUACAAGAAAUCCUAUUUUUCAAUCGAGUACCAAAAGUUGGAAGUCAAACAUUUAUGGAGCUUAUGAAGCAGCUAUCUUACUUUAAUGAUUUCCAUUUUCAUCGAGAUCCGGUGCAACGCGUUGAAAUGAUUCGUUUAAGUAUGCCGCAACAGUUUGAUUUGACCUCUGCAAUUUUAAAUUUGCCUCCACCUUCGGCAUUCGUUAAGCAUGUCUGUUUCACAAAUUUCACCAGAUUUGGAUAUCCGUCGCCCAUUUACAUAAAUUUGGUACGAGACCCGGUGGAAAGAGUAAUCAGUUGGUUCUAUUAUGUACGAGCACCAUGGUAUUAUGUUGAACGAAAGCGGGCAUUUCCCGAUUUACCGUUGCCCGAUCCAAACUGGCUAAGAAAAGAUUUCGAAACAUGUGUACUACAAAGCGAUCCCGAAUGUGUGUACAAUCAAGGUGUACGUCGUGAAGGUAUCGGAGAUCAUCGACGUCAAACUCUUUUCUUUUGUGGUCAUGAACCGGACUGCACACCGUUCAAUUCCCAGGAAGCUUUGGACAAGGCAAAACGUGCUGUUGAAGAAAAUUAUGCGGUUGUUGGUGUUCUUGAAGAUUUGAACACGACAUUUGCUGUCUUGGAGCAUUAUGUACCUAGAUUUUUUAGAGGCGUCACUCGAGUAUAUCACGCCAGUGAAAGCGUUCGCGUUAAUCGAAAUUCAUUUAAACCGCCGGUCAGCGAAUAUGUGAAAGAUAUUGUUCGGCGAAAUUUCUCUCGCGAAGUUGAAUUUUAUGAAUUUUGUAAAGAUCGCUUGUACAAGCAAUAUCGUGCAUUAAAAUUGCCAAGCGGUAAAAGCACAGAUGUAUCCUCCACGCGUAAUGCAUUUUGAAGAAUGUGAUUCAAUGAAAUAAAACAAAACACACACACACACACACAAACAAAACACUAAAGGCUGAUUUGAAAUGACACUCGCAACUGACGAAUUUCAACUAUCACUCACCGAUAAUACAAUAACAACGCAACACAAUGCAUACAACCAUUUUGCGUCCGACUACACAAUUUCGAAAGUCUGCAGUGAUUGGCUCAGUGAAGCCAUCGGUACCACAAAAAACUAUGCAUUAAAUAAAAUAUAUAUAUAUAGGAAAUAUUACUUCAGUUCAAAUUUAUUAAAAAAAAUAAAUUAUUGCUUCUUUUUUAUCAACAA